CCCCCGGGCGGAGCGGGCGCGCUGACGCAUUACGCGCGGGGUGUGGGUGGGUCAGGCCGCGCGCAUGCGCGGGGGGCGGGUCGUGGUGGUGGUACUGCGGAGCCGGGGUUGCCGGGGCUGCGGACGCCAUGUCGGGCCGCUCGGUGCGAGCUGAAACCCGCAGCCGCGCCAAAGAUGACAUCAAAAAAGUGAUGGCGGCUAUCGAGCGCGUCCGCAAAUGGGAGAAGAAGUGGGUGACGGUGGGAGACACAUCCCUUCGGAUAUUCAAGUGGGUGCCUGUAGCAGACAGUAAGGAGAAAGAGAAGUCCAAAACAAGUAGCAGUGCUGCUCGAGAACCCAAUGGCUUCCCAGCUGACUCAUCUGCCAACUCCUCCCUCCUCCUGGAGUUCCAGGAUGAGACCAGUAACCAGAGCUCCUUGUCGGAUGUUUACCAGCUCAAGGUCGACAGCAGCCCAAACUCGAGCCCCAGCCCCCAACAGAGCGAGUCAAUGAGUCCUGCACAUACGUCUGACUUCCGCACGGACGAUUCGCAGCCACCUACACUGGGGCAGGAGACCCUGGAAGAGCCCUGCCUACCUUCCUCGGAAGUUGCAGAUGAGCCUCCCACUCUCACGAAGGAGGAGCCUGUCCCUCUUGAGACUCAGGAAACUGAAGAGGAGGAUUCUGGGGCGCCGCCUUUGAAGAGAUUUUGUGCUGAUCAGAACUCUGUGUGCCACACGGUCUCGGAGAGCUAGGGAUGGGCCCCUCCCUCCAGCCCCCCACAGAGCCCGCCUGCCCUCCCCAGGGACGGGCCCCUCCCUCCAGCUCCCCGCAGAGCCCGCCUGCCCUCCCCAGGGAUGGGCUCCUCCCUACCGGCCCCCUGCAGAGCCCGCCUGCACACCCCAGGGACAGGCUCCUCCCUUCAGCUCCCCGCUGAGCCCGCCUGCCCUCCCCAGGGAGGGGCUCCUCCCUCCAUCUCCCCACAGAGCUGGCCUGCCCUCCCCAAGGACAGGCCCCUUCUGCCACGCUCCCCACCCCCUGAGCCACGCCUGUCCUCCC